GGGCAUCCGAAAGAAUUUCAAAUAAAGAGCAAACCCUAGCGGCCCCAUCAUUUUCCCUCUUUCCGCUUCUCUCUCUGAACCUCCUCUCUCUCGCUGCCUCGGUCUCCAUUCUACUCUGCUUCUCCAAACUUGCUCCGGCUUACUAUUCGUUUUUGCCUUCAAUUUGAGGUUCGAAUUGGUGGUUCCUGAAGUUUUUUUUGGUUGAUGACUGAAUUAUUUAAAAAAGUAUAAAGAAACAAAUCAGAAGAGGGAAAGUAUGGCAAAAACGUCUCCAAAGGAUAGGAAUGCGAGAACACCCAAACAGAAGAGACGAUUACGGAGCUCUACCAACAACAACAAGUACUUGAAACCGGGAGCUCUUGCUCAGCUAAGGUACAGCAAGACCUCUGCUGCCAAGUCAUGUACUGAUCUUGGGAAGAAAAGGAUUGCAUUGGUGGAUGCCAAGAAGACGGAGAAUGAUCAGCAAAUGAUUCAAGAUAAGGUUGCCGAUAAAUCCCCCUUGAUUCUGUCACCUGUGGAUUUGCGUAAGCAGAAUAGUUUGGUAAGGACACCAAAGACUCCUAGAACCGAAGAGUGUCAAUCUGAAUCACGCCUUGAAUGUCUUCCCACUGAUUUACUGGUUAAAAUAUUGUGUCACUUGCACCAUGAUCAACUGAAGGCAGUUUUUCACGUUUCCCAAAGGAUUAGAAAAGCUGUUGUGAUUGCUAGGCAAUUUCACUUUAAUUACACAACUCCAGAUCGCAGUCGACAAGAGAUGUUAAUGACAAUGACCCCAAGACCUACAGAACACUGGCCUUUUGUAAAAGGGGAUCGCAAGGGUGUUUUCAUGCCUAGCCCACAUACCCCAAAAGCACCAAGACAUGGUGCUCGUCCCCCCUCUCGUAUGAAAGCAUCUGAAAUGAAACAAAUUGCAGCUGUUUUGUUCCAAGAUUCAGCAUUUCCCACAAGGUGUAUUGUACCUUCUGUUCUGCCAAAGCCGCCAUGCAAAUCUUUGGCUUCUAAUAGGGUAUUAUUUUAUGAGGAUGAGUUAUGUCAGGCAGUUGCUCAGAACAAGCUUCGUUGAUCACUUAUUGUGAUUUCUUUCCCAUCACCAUAUAUCCUCUAUGUGUAUAGUUUGUUUUUGAUCUCUACAGUUGGUCUUAGUUAUGGUGGGUAGGAUUAGCAAUUUUGUAUCUUUACUCUUGCAGUAUUAGGUGAUAUCUAAAUCUAGAUUUGCUAUGUGAGAUGAAAAUUUUAGAUGAUGGUUGUGGCCAGUGGGAAUAAUAUAUAUGAAACUGGUAACUUGUAUAUUUUCCUAUAUAUGCUUUCAAAUUAUAAUGGUGCUCGUGUCAA